AUGAACUGGAAUAGUAGCACUCCAAGCCUCAAAGAAACGCUAUCGUUUCUGGGAUCGACUGUUCCACCCUUGGUGCAGAAUUCGGCGCGCAAAUCACUCGUGCCUUGGCUUACUGAUGGUCAACUAGCACUGGUGAUGCCUGUCAUUGCAUAUUGGUCGUUUUCGAUGCUGUUCCACGUCAUCGAUACGUUCCAGUUGGCAGAGAAGUUUAGAAUACAUCCUUCUGAAGAGGUUCAGGCCCGCAACAAGGCCAGUCGCAGAGAGGUCCUCGGCGAAGUUUUAUUUCAGCACGUCAUUCAAACCGUUACGGGAGGAGCGAUGCUAUACUUUGAUCCACAGCCCUCUACGGGCGCUGAGCUACGUGCCAUGUGGGAUAUAAGGCGUACUCUUCCAUCCUGGGUUCCCAACAGCUUUAUAUACUUUGGUUACACAUAUGGAAUAUCGUUUGUCAAAGUCUUUAUCGGCUUUUGCAUUAUUGAUUCAUGGCAAUAUUGGCUGCACAGAUUGAUGCACACAAACAAGACACUUUACCGCAUGUAUCACUCGAGACACCACCGGUUGUAUGUGCCUUACGCUUACGGAGCUCUUUACAACUCGCCAAUAGAAGGGUUCUUGCUCGACACUUUGGGAACUGGUAUAGCGGCUAUCGUGACUGGUCUUUCACACCGUGAACAGGUCUGUUUGUAUACGUUUGCAACCCUCAAGACCGUUGAUGACCACUGUGGGUAUGCUUUGCCAUGGGACCCAUUUCAAUGGAUUUUCCCUAACAAUGCGGUUUACCACGACAUCCACCAUCAACAGUUUGGUAUCAAGACUAACUUUGCUCAACCGUUUUUCACAUUGUGGGAUAAAGUUUGCGGAACAAAAUUCCAUGGAUUUGAGAAGUACGAAAAGGCUCAAAGACGCAUAACGAUUGAUAAGUACAAGGAUUUUCUGAACGAUAGGGAGGCUGAAAAGCAGGCUAGGAUUAAAAAUGGUUUUGGAACCAAAAAAGAAAACUGA